ACAAAAUUAUUCAAUAAUAAGAAAUCAAUAAGAUUACAAUCAAUCACCUCAAAGUUACUAUACUAAACAGAAUGUCUGGAUUAAAACCUGUUGAAUUAACUGGAAGAUUUGGUUUCGGUACCAUGUCAAUGACUUGGAAACCGGUUCCACCUCCAACUGAACAAUCAUUAGAAUCACUCAGAUUUAUUACUUCUCAUGAAGAAUUUGGUACUCAUUUAUUAAACGGUGGUGAAUUUUAUGGUCCAAAUCAUGUAAACUUGAAAUUAUUAAAAGAGUUUGUUGAUUCCAAUCCUCAAGAAAUUAAUGAAAAAUUAAUUAUUUCAAUUAAAGGUGCAAUUAAUCCAGCAACUUUAUCUCCAGAUGGAUCAAAAGAAUCAAUUUCUAAGUCAAUUGAAAAUAUUAUCUCUUAUUUCCCAGCUGAAAAAUCAAAAAGACCAAAAUUAAUCUUUGAAAUUGCCAGAGUUGAUCCUAAAGUUCCUUAUGUAGAAACUAUUGGUUAUAUUGCAGAUUACGUUAAGGCUGGUAAGAUUGAUGGUAUCUCACUUUCAGAAGUUGGUAUUGAAAGUAUUAAGAAAGCUGCUCACUCAGGAUAUCCAAUCUCUUGUAUUGAAAUUGAAUUAUCUUUAUUAUCUUUGGAUAUCUUGACCAAUGGUAUUUUGGCUGAAGCUGCUGAACACCAAAUUCCAAUUAUUGCUUAUUCUCCAUUAUGUCGUGGUUUAUUAACUGACCAAGCUGCUGAAAGUCCUGAUUUCUUAAAGGAAAUUCCAGAAAAUGAUAUGAGACAUCGUUUUGAAAAAUUCUAUCCAGAAAACUUUGGUCAAAAUAUCAAAGUAGUCAAGUUAUUAUAUAAAUUUGCUCAUGAAGUUAAGAAGACUAGUUUAGAAUCUUUAGCCUUAUCAUGGAUCAUUAAGAUCUCUGGUGCUAAAGAAUACAGAGGUAUUAAGAAUCUUCCAAAGAUUUUACCAAUUCCUUCUGGAUCUACUACUGCUAAGAUUGAAAGUAACUUUGGUAGCAUUGUUGAAUUAUCUGAUGAAGAUUUAGCUGCUAUUGAUAAGAUUCUUGAUGAAAAUCCAAUUGUUGGUGGUAGAUAUAAUAAACAUGCUGAAGCCCACUUAAACGGUUAAGUCACAUCUCAAUUAGAUUUUCAAUUCUUUUAUAUAUAUAUACAAUGUGAAUAGUCAA